AUGUAUGGUAAUAAAAGAUAUGGUGGCGAGCCAUUUUUCUUGCCAACAAAUCCAAAUUCCGAAACAGAAGAUGAUGGUUACAUUCUUACUUUUGUUCACGAUGAGAAGACAUGGAAAUCAGAGCUUCAGAUAGUGAAUGCCAUCAAUUUACAGUUAGAAGCUUCAAUUAAACUGCCAUCCAGGGUGCCGUACGGUUUUCAUGGGACUUUUAUAGACACAAAGGAUCUGGUGAAUCAGGCAUAG